UGCGGCAGCCGCCGGGGCCCCCGCUUCUGGGCUCGGCGGCGCGGGCGAGCGUGAGCGGAUGUUCGGUUCUUCUCCACAAUGAAUGAGUGUCACUAUGAUAAGCAGAUGGACUUUUUUUAUAAUAGGAGCAACAGUGACACUGUCGAUGAGUGGACAGGAACGAAGCUUGUGAUUGUUUUGUGUGUUGGAACGUUUUUCUGCCUGUUUAUUUUUUUUUCUAAUUCUCUGGUCAUCGCAGCAGUGAUCAAAAACAGAAAGUUUCAUUUCCCCUUCUACUACCUGUUGGCUAACCUAGCUGCUGCAGAUUUCUUUGCUGGAAUUGCCUAUGUAUUCCUGAUGUUUAACACUGGCCCAGUUUCGAAAACUUUGACAGUCAACCGCUGGUUUCUCCGCCAGGGGCUUCUGGAUACUAGCUUGACCGCCUCCCUGACCAAUUUGCUGGUUAUUGCUGUGGAGAGGCACAUGUCAAUCAUGAGGAUGCGGGUCCACAGCAACCUGACCAAAAAGAGGGUGACGCUGCUCAUUUUGUUCGUCUGGGCCAUUGCCAUCUUUAUGGGGGCGGUCCCCACACUGGGCUGGAAUUGCCUCUGUGACGUCUCUGCCUGCUCUUCCCUGGCCCCCAUUUACAGCAGGAGUUACCUCAUUUUCUGGGCUGUGUCCAACCUCGUGGCCUUCUUCAUCAUGGUUGUGGUAUAUCUGCGGAUCUACAUGUAUGUCAAGAGGAAAACCAAUGUCUUAUCUCCACAUACAAGUGGGUCCAUCAGCCGCCGGAAGACACCCAUGAAGCUAAUGAAGACGGUGAUGACUGUCUUAGGGGCCUUUGUCGUGUGCUGGACGCCGGGCCUGGUGGUUCUGCUGCUCGACGGCCUGAACUGCAGGCAGUGCGGCGUGCAGCACGUGAAACAGUGGUUCCUGCUGCUGGCGCUGCUCAACUCCGUCAUGAACCCCAUCAUCUACUCCUACAAGGAUGAGGACAUGUACAGCACCAUGAAGAAGAUGAUCUGCUGCUUCUCUCAGGAGAAGAACCCGGAGAGGCGCCCCUCCUGCAUCCCCUCCACGGUGCUCAGCAGGAGCGACACGGGCAGCCAGUACAUGGAAGACAGUAUCAGCCAGGGCACGGUCUGCAAGAGUGGCUCCUAGGAUGUGGACCACCUCCCACCACCCACCCGGCCCCUCUGGGGGCAGAGCUGUUGAGAAUGGUUACCUGUCUCUAAUGAAGCCCACGUACAGUGUUAUUUGAGGUCUGAAUGAAUCAUUGGACAAUUUAAAAAAAUUGUGUUACAUAGUUUAAAAGGAUGGGCAGUAAAGAGAGGAUACAAGGCAUUUAGAGGAAAUUCACAGAAAAGAGGGCAGACAGCACAGUGGGUUCCUGGUGGAUGUCCCGUGUACUGCUGGGAGCACCCGGCCAGGUGGCCCGCUGGGCUCCGCAUCAUCUUGCAGCCAUUCUCCUUGUGUUUUAAAAUGAUGUUGUCAAAGGGCUCAGGCCAAGAUAAAUAAUAACAUUAUUACUUGAGCCAUUUUAUGUAGCUGCUUAGAAAGCCUAUGUAGUUCUUUCUGCGUGCAUUUAAAAUUUUUAAAAAUGCUUCAGCAAUACUGUUUUCCUCAAAGAAACCACGGCGAGUAGCUAGGUGUUCAAUAGGAAUCUCAGAAUAACAAAUCAGUAAGGGCUCCAGAUAAAAUUUGAUUUUUAACUGAAAGAACAUUCUGAGGAAAAAGAUUUAAAGUGUAAUAACAAAAAAAGGUAAAGGUUAAAAACUUCUCUUGAAGCCCAAAAGGAAAAGAAGGCCUUGAUGUGGUCCUCCAAGCAUGCACGCAUGUGUAUACGCACCUUUAUAUUUAUGCAUUUUCAAUUACUAUUUCAAGACAUCAAGGACAGUGAUGGUGAAAUAAGUUUCACUGGCCACUGAGACUUUCCAGGCUAGGACUAUAGGCGUAGAAAUGACCUGUUUUGCUCCAAAAUAAAAGAGAAAGAGGUGAUGCAUUUGAAAACAGACGUACAGCAGAGUAAAAGGUAUAUUGACAAGUGGGCUGAAUUCCUUCCAUAUAGGAUCAAAUAUGCACUUGACUUGAGUCCUUAUUUUCAGUUACCUCCAUAUCACUGGUGGCUUGCCAGAGUUAGUGUGUGGAAUAAUUUUUACGUCUCAUAUUUUGCCCAUAGUUAUUGACAUGCUUUGGUACUUGUCUGGCUUGUGGACUGAAUUUUGAUCUGGGUUCUAUUUUAAAUUCUCCUCCUUCCAAGACCUAAGUAGGCAACAUGAAAGGCAAGUCAGUAAGAAAAAAAAAAAAAUAUGUUUCAUACACAUAGGCUACUGACCAAAGUUUUCUGUGUAAAGCAUUUUAGAGUAUAUUCUGAUUUUAAAAUAAGAAGAACUUUAAGGCAGGUAUUAUAGUAUUUAUGUAGUUUGCAAAAGAAGUUUACAUAUUUUUUUUGCUAUUAUGGUGUAUCAUUUAUGUGCAAGAACUACUUGUAAUAAAAGGAUUUGAGAAGUCAUGCUUUUAGAUGUAAUAGCCUAAAAUAGAGAGUAUUAUGAUUUGAAGGUGUAAAUUUACAAACUCUGUGUAGUAAAUGGGUUUACCUGAAGCUUAUAUCAAAGCUACCUAUAAAAUAAAAUAAAAAAAGAAUCUGUUCUCUCUUGUU